UUAUCUCCGUUAUUUCUAAGCGGUCGCUUUGAGAAUGGAGGAAAACAAGAAGCAAAAAUGCGAUAUUUGCGGGAUUCACAGCGGCCAUGAGGAAGAGGAUACAUUGCUCUUCGGGGACUGGAUGGUCCACAAGGAGCUGCGGGUGCAUUACUAUUGCCUGCUUCUCUCCACGAAUUUACCGCAGCGCGGCGGCGAUUCGAGCGGCAUCCUGGGUUUUCUGCUGCGCGACAUCCGGCAGCUGGUGGCCGUGGCAAGAACGAGUAAGUGCAUCUUCUGCACAAAGGUGGGGGCCACUAUCCAGUGCCACGGUUGCCGGGUUCAUUUCCAUUCGAAGUGCGGCCUGAUAAAUCGCUGCAAUUUUGAGUUCCAGGGCCAGUUUCAUAGCUAUUGCUUCGAUUGCACCCCGAUGGAUGACUACAAGCGGCAAUUGGUGGCCAAUCCGCCAAAGCAUAUCCCUUGUGACAUCUGUCUGGCCCCCAUCCUCCACUUCUCGCUGCACAACGUCGUCUACGGGGAUUGCUGCCGCCAGGGGUUUGCCCACAAGAACUGUAUGCGUGAAUACGCACUGGCCGCCGGAUAUUACUUGCGCUGCAUUUGGUGCCGAUCGGAAAAGUUCCGAGAUAUGAUACGCUUGCAGUCGAUUUUCGUGCCGGAUCGCGAUGCCAAGUGGGAGCGGGAGCAGAACGCCUAUCGUGAGCUUCAUGAGCGCAACGUGCGCUGCGACGUGGAACCAUGCUUGUGUCCCAGUGGCAGGGUCUUCAACAAGAAUACCUGGCUGAUUUUGGCCUGCAAGUUGUGCGCCUCAACGGGCGCACAUGCCAAGUGCUUGGCGGGCACACUGCGCCUGAGCAAGGGCACCGAGUCCACCGAAUUUAAGUGCGCCGGGUGCCUGGACGUAGAACGAAAUCUCGCCAAUGGUCCGGCACGCAAUAUGGAUGCAUCAAUGGCCGGCAUCGAGGGCCAUGUGGAUGCUUCGUUCUAUGUGCCAAAAACGGGCCCGGAGGUGCCAGCACUUCCCGCGAACGUGUCUCCUGUUUUCUCCGAAGACAACGAAACUGACAUAAGCACCAAUAGUAAUAAUAGUUGUAGUAGCACUUGUAGCAACAUUACGGUGAUCCCUAGCCAACCGAGAGCCAGACCGGCGAGCGUUUCACCAUUACCAAACAUCGCGUCGCCGCCACCAGAGCCAAUAAUCGAGAUUCUGGACUCACAACCACAGCUAGCUGACACUGAUACCCACGUAAUCACCAAUGACAUGGUAGUGAUACCCAGCCAAACGAAAGACAACUCCGCGAGCGUCUCAGCAGAAGAAACCCUUGAUUCACCGCCACCAGAGCUAGUAAUUGCGACUCCCGUCUCACAGCCAACGCCGCCACCAGAAUUAGUAACAGAGUUCUGCGACUCACAGGAUAAGGAUUCAAAUUCGCCGCCACCAGAAUCAGUAAGCGAGCAACAUCCCUGGUUGGAUGAGAAUUCCAAAUCCCGGCUGGAGCUAAAGGAGAGCUUUAGCUGCCCGGGUGAACCGUUCUUCUAUUUGGUCUUCUACGAGUUUGAGCACAUCACUUGCUUGUGUAGCUGCACAGGUUCCUGCACUUUGCGAUUUCUCGAGAACGAUCCCCGCAUCCAGGAUAAAUCCACGGAAGCGUUGGAACUCCUGAAAGUAAUGCCGGGGGAUGUAUGGUUUCGUAACAAGGAUCGAGGGCCAUUCGAACAGACUGAUCGGAUCAAGCGUUUUUGCGGGUGCAACAUGUGUAAAGAAAACCUUUCAUAAAAACAGUUUGCUUUUAAGGAAAUUAACACACUAAGUCAAUCAUUUAAAGGGUUUAUAAAUAAUAAAAAAAAUCAUUUUCAGUAAA